UCGCCGCACGUGCGCUUGAAAACAGCUGUUCGCCGCCAGCUGUUAGUUCUCGUUCUUGUUUAUUUCAAAAAAGUUUAAAUUCCGUGAUUUGCCCCUUCAAAUGGCCAAUAAAAUACGUCGAAGCUUGUUGCACUUUUCUCCAGCUUUUCCUCUAUAUCACCUCGAUAUUCCGUCACCCGCAUCCAUUGACAGCGCCACUGAAAACUCGAACAACAAAAUUGCAUAAGAAGGAGACAUAUUUUCGGUGGGAAAUUUGGAGCUUCGACUUUGUAUUUAUUUAUUUAUUUGCGGAGCACCCGGCCCUUACGGAAGUUAAUUAACCCCACCAAUUGAUCGUAUUUUUGCCAAUUGAUUUUAUUAAAAUCGAUACGAGGCUGAAACUGGAACGCUUUUUGCCUGGGCAUCCCAUCGUACAAGACGGCACAGUGGCUACGAGGACUGCGAAUCAAGAAAUCUUAUCGCCGAGGAGAUCAUAAAUUAAUUUGGAAGAGAACACUCCGAAAAUGAGCAGGUACCAGGUGCAGAGCAAGACCCGAGGAGCCUCUGGUAAUGCUUCCCCGGGGCCAGUCUACGGCGUGGUCUCGACGGUGGAAGAUUUCGACAGAUGCCCUCCACUUGAGGUGAGGAAAAGUGAACUGAGCUUAUUCCUCAACUGGGGAAGUCCCAAGAAGCAGACCAUGGAGUUGGGCUCGAAAUUCAAAGACCGCAGCUGGAUCGUCGAUCUGUUGGCCAUCUUCUUUGGCAUUGGCACCUGGCUGGGCGUCAAUGGAACCUUUAUACAACUACCUCUGCUGGUGGACGAAGCCCCCGAGGGCUGGAGUCUGCCCUCUUACCUCAGCGUGAUGGUGCAGAUCGGCAACUUGGGUCCCCUGCUCUACACGGCCAUCCAGAAGUAUUCACCAAAGAAGCUAAACGAUGGCUGGACCAUCCAUGGCGUGCUCCUAGUGGGUGGCAUCUCCUGCCUGCUGACUGCCUUCUUCUACAAUCGAACUGCUCCAGUCGGAGGGACAGAUCACAGUGUGGCCUUAUUCGUGCUGACGUGCUUUACGGCUGUGAAUGCCUGCACCAGUUCCGUGCUCUUCAUGCCCUACAUGGGUCGCUUCAAGGAGCAGUAUAUGGUCACCUACUUCAUCGGCGAGGGACUGAGCGGCCUGCUGCCCAGUGUUACCGCUCUGAUCCAGGGCAUCGGUGAGAGCGGCGAGUGCACUGUGGUGAAUGUAACGGAAUCCGGAGAUCCUAUCUACGCGCUGCAGAAGACGCCGCCACGUUUCGAUACCCGAGUGUUCUUCCUCAUCCUCUUCGGCCUGAUGGUGCUCAGCUACGUGGGCUACACCCUGCUCAAUUCCCUGUCCGUGGCUAGGAGGGAAUAUGCUGAGGUGACGGUCACCGAGGGCAACAAGUAUGUCUACGGAGAGGCGGACAACCAGCAGCAGUCGGACAAAGUGGAGAAGCUUACCAAGGGGCAGUACACUUAUAUGCUCCUCCUGAUCGGAGCCAUCUCACUGUUCAGUAACGGAAUGUUUGGCAGCAUUCAGUCCUAUUCCAGUGCUCCAUACGGAUCCAAUGCAUACCAUUUGGCGGCCACACUCAGUGUGAUUGCCAAUCCUGUUGCCUGCUUUAUGGCCAUGUUUCUGCAUUUCACAUCGCUGCGCCUCAUCACAGUGCUCUCCAUAUUGGCGGGUCUGCUGACCAGCUAUGUUUUCACCACAGCAGCUUUGAGUCCCCUGCCACCGCUCCAUGAUCAAACCGUGGGCGCUGUGCUGGUGGUCACCGCCUGGACCCUGCUGGUGGGAAUCGUUAGCUACACGAAGUUGGGCAUUACCACUGUGAUGAGGGCGCAGGGAGGUCAGUCCCUGGUCUGGGUGGGUGCCAUCACUCAGCUAGGUUCGGCCAUCGGUGCGGUGGCCAUAUUCUUUGCCAUUAACUACUCGAAUCUGUUCCAGGCGGCGGAGACCAGCUGCUGACAUAUCCAGGGAUGCAGCGUGAUUUUAUAGAUGAUUUUACUAUAUAGUAGUUUAGUGUGUGAUAUUUUCCCUUUUUCCCGCAUGUAUUUCCAACGUCACAAUGAAGACAAUACCUGAAAAAUACCUGAAUAGCGGCGAGUUUUAUAAAUCUGAUUAUUGCAGGUGAUAUCAGAGAAUAUUACGAAGCAUUGAGGGGGCUCAAAAAUAUUUAAGCAUUUACCUCUGUAUAUUCUUAAGCUAUGCUGAAAAAUAAAUUAGUUGUUUUACUGAAA